CUCUCCAAACCAGACAAACCCAGAGCCCUCAACUGCUCCUCACAGGAUGUGCCUUCCAGCCCUUCCACCAGCUCUGUUGUCCAGCCUUUUAUUGAUGAAAGGCUUAAUUUUUCUAAUGUAGUUACUUGGUAAGCUCUUACGUGGAUGGGCUUCUCGCUGUCUUGAAAGCUUAAUGUGAAAUUUAGGCUUCAUUGAGACUAACAAAAAUUUUGCCAUUGAUGUAAACCCGACCAGCAUUUCAUUCCUUUUCUUGUAACCUGCAAAAUAUGAUCUGAAUUAUGUGGCAUUUAGACUGCUGUUAUCAGAGACCCAUACACAAUUGGUGUGUGAUGCUACUGUGUUAGUGAAGCUAAAGUGGUGUUAGCAAUAAUUGGACUUUCUGCAAAGUGCUGUAAAAAUAUUUUUAUGUUGCCAAGUGCCUGAGAAAGUUCUGCCUUCUGUAGUUUGAAGGCUUGAUCAGACCUAGUGUCUCUUUCCAGAAUUGCCUUUAUUCUUUGCGUAGUUGUUUCAGCUGCAAUUUCCCGUGUGUCAUCUUUAUUUCCAUUGUUGUCACAGAAGUGAGCUGAAAAUUAGGUGAACUGAAUGAAAAGGCCCUGUCCAACAAACUAAAAAAUCCAAGGAUAUUUGACCAAUAAUUUUCAUUAGCAAUAUCCCCCCAAAAACUUUAUUCCACAAGCGCUGGGAGAGAUUGCUACAUUCUAGUGAUCUGAGUUACUAAUGGUCUUGUCAGGUGUACGAUUUAGAUUGCAAGACAAAAUACAUAAACCUUACUGAGGAAAUGUAUUGAAAGGAGAUGUGCUUCACACCCCCUUCUGUUCCUCCAUUUCUAGAAAACUGUGAAGGUGUGUGCUUGUUUAUGCUUCUGUACACCAUGCUGCACAUUUUCAGGAUGUAAAUUUUAGCUUUGAGGCGUAUUGUUGUUACCUCUGUGUUUGAUUACUGAUAAGAGGAAAGCAAUCCAUGUAUGGAAGAGCAAGCAAGGAAUUAAGGGAUGAGCUAGCAGCCCUAGAAACUAGCUAGCUAGUUUCUUUCAAGUCUGGGUUUUGUUUUGGAAGGUCAUAUUGAUCUGCUUAGUAUCAAUGUGCACUGGUCAAAUCUGGGAUUUGCCUAAUAGCCUUGAAACAAAUUUUGAGUUUGUGCAUUCAUCUGAUUCCCUGUGUUGUAGUAUGGAUAGCUUUAUGUAAGUCUUGCUGCAUUUUGUUCUGGCUUCUGCUGACAGUGAAAUACUUCUAAACUAGGACAUGGUAUGUUUUGGUAAUUUGUUGAAUUGCAGAGUCUUCUGCCAGAGAUGUAAAGGUAUCUUACUUUAUUGCCUGUUUUCUCCUCUUAAAUUUAACUUUUAAAAAAAGUGCUAGUGGUGUUGGAGUAUUAGUAACUUCUUUGGUGUGUUCCUUGCAGGUGUGGCUUACAGUAGAUUGUGAUCAGAUUUUUUAUUCAGUUUGUUCCUAAAAAUCCAUUAUGUGGGUUGGUACUUACGUAUUUUGUGUUUGAAAGUAUAGUUGAUUGCCUUCUUGCCCUGUUAAGAUUCGUUAUGGGGAGUAAAAUGCAGUGAUACCACUCCUGCUUUCACUGUCCUGUGGGCAGAAGAUAAGAGUUAGAUGGAUGUGCUGAGAUAUUAUUUCUGCUUUUCCCAAUAAAAAGAGGGUUUUAUUCUUCGUUUUCAAGACUCUUGAAAUGGGGUAAGGUUAGAGGGACAAUCUACUGCUACAAGAUGAGCUAUUGGAACCAGAAAGUUUUAAAAUUAACUUUUGUGUGAAGGCAAAUAAAUUAUAUUUUUGGGGUCGUGAAGCCUGAUUAAUGGAAAUCACAGAACAUGCUGAGUUGGAAGGGACCCACAAAGAUCAUUGAGUCCAGCUCCUGGCCCUGCACAGGACACCCUAAGAGUUAUAACGUGUGCUGACAGCAUUGUCCAAAUGCUCUUGUCAGGCUGCUGCUGUGACCACUUUCCUGGGGAUCCUGUUCAGUGCCCAGCCAACCUCUGGUAGAGGAAAGCUUUAUCAUGAUCAUACAGUCCUUUUGCGGGGGGAGGGAGAUGUAAUGUUUUCGAAGUAUCUGAGAAAGGGAGAUCUUGCAUGAAUCCCAGCAAAGCUUGCUUCCUCAGGGCAUCAAGUCUUCUCUAGACCUGCAGAGCAACAGAAUGCAACUGGAAGUAUAAUUCUGCAGUUUGCAAUGAUACUCAGAUGAAAACUGUGCAAGAGGUUUAAUAUAUAUGCUGUCCACAAAAUUAGCUCUUCUAGGAGCCACAUUUGCUUAAACAUGAAAACUGAGCUCUUCUUCCUGUGAGACCUGAUAAUGUAAUUCAGAAGGCAACUCUGUUAAAUUACCAAUUAUCAGAGUAAAUAGAAGAAACAAAUGUAGAGAAGGAAAAUAGAACAGUUAAUUACUUUCUCCAGGAGAAUUUUUAGUCUAAACAUUGAAUAAAAAUGUUAGCCACCUUGUUGACAGCCAGGUUUCACAGGUUGCUUAGCCAAUAUUGAUUCCUUUGUUUUGGUGAAAUUCUGUCCUUUAUUUUUAUUUCCAGGGGAAGGUAUAGUAGCAUGCAAUUUGUUUUAAUUUGGAAAGUGUGCAUGUAGAUAGGCAGUUUUCUAUAAUAGUUGUUUUUUCUUGCUCUAAAAUAUCUGUGGAUGUAGGCACAAAGAGAAAUAGGCUAACUUAUUUUUAUGUGAAAAGUUACUAAAUAAAAAAUGAACACUAACCAACACUACUUGUCAGCACACAAGUCUAAAAUUGAGAUGGAAGUUAUUCUGUUGAUUAUUCUUGACUGCUGGACUGCCAGUGUGUGUAGAUUAGACUUAAUACCAACCUAUAAACCAGCCUGUGAAACUAAUUUCUCAACAAGGUAUACUGGGAAAUAAGAUGACAGGAAUAAAUAAUUUUUAUAGUAAUAGCUUUUAAUUUUCAUACUUAAAACUAAUAAUAGUUUUAAAUUUUCACAUAGUCUUUACUACUCCUGGGCCUUUGUGAAGUUUCUAAAAAAUGUUUUUUUCCCUAAUAAGCUAUUUCUAAAAUUUAUUUUGGGGAGGCUGGUAACAGAUUGUCUUUAGAGUAGGAAAUAACUUAUGUUUGCUCUUACCUCCUAUCUAAGUAUAUAUUGAAUUUUCUUCUGUUCUUGGCAAGCAGGAGACUUGAUAAAGUGAAGAUGAAAAAUAUACCUGAGACCAAGGUAAAGAAAUAGAUAUUCUAUGUAGAGAAGUAAUAAAUGAGAAAAUGGUAACAAUGUUCAGGGUAAUUGCUACUUUUUUUUCCUCUUGGCAUAACCUCAGAAUAUCCUUUAGGUAGUAAAUUUGUGACAUGAUUAUAAUAAUCUUUGACACACUGAAAAAGUUAAUACUCUUUAGUUGUAUUACUGUAUCAACUGUGCUGUAGCACAAUCAAGGGUGAUUGAAGAGUAAAAAUGAUGGUAUCUUUUGAUUAUAUAAUAUACUGAAGUGCUCCUAUUUGGUAAUAUUAGUCUCCUAAUAUCUAUUAGAGUAAUAAAUAUGCACAAAAGGACUGUUCUACUGCUUUUGUAAGUAUUGAAACCCCUUAAAAUAGUUUGGAAUUUGGAGUGUAUAUUUAUAUAUUUUGUUAUCUUAAUGGUAACCUUUUGUGCUUCUGGCCACUGGGCCCUGACAUCAUAAGAUGUCUUAUGUUUUCUUAUUUUGUGUUUUUCCUCAUAAGCUAAGGUCGCUGGUGGGUAGGAUAUAAGAGAGGAGGAGGAAAGUAAAAUGUUCAUUUAGAUCAUGGAGCUACUUGUUAUUGAUUCAAAGUGAGAGCUUUAUACCUUGAAUACAAGUUUUAGUCAUCUUUAUUUGGAAUGCUGUGACAUAAGAAAAUAUUGUACUUAACAGUACCUCAAAGAUCCUUCUACUUAAAAGUCUUUAUUUAAAUUUAACAGCUGAAUUUACAAGAUUAAAUAGAAAUAAAUUUAUGAACGUUUAAUUUUGAAAUUUUGUAAUCUUUGUGAACCUACUUAAGCAAGAUUUAGGGACUUUGCCUCAAGAUCUGGUAACAAAAGUUAGUGACUAAAGUGGUGUGUUUCAGACACUAUGCUGAGAGCUCUGUUGACAGAAUAAAAUUCCUUUUUAGAAAUGCUGACGUUGACUUCUGAAAGCUAUAAUGAGAUCCUCAUACCAGAGCUCCACAAGGUUCCAUGUGCAUGAAAGUGUGAAGCCAGGAGGGUUUGCCUGGGGGUUCUCAGAGAGGAGGACUAAAGACUUCUUACUAGAAGUAAAAGAUACUGAAAGAUGAUUUGCCAUGUUGUGAAGAACCCAGUCAAAAUGAGAAUCAGUUUCUGAUUUUUGGCAGCUAAAAUGAGUCCUUAAUAACUGAAAAGAAUGGAAAUUAAUCUGAAAGAGACUUUAGGAAUAUACUUGUCAGUGUUGUAAGUCAAAUUAUUAAUCAAGUAUUUAUUGUCUGUGAUUCCUGUAGCUCUUCUAAUGUGUUUUAUAUGAUACUGAGACCUGAACAUUUAAGUUACCUUUGAUUACCUAGCAGUUUUUUAUUUCUCUGAUAAACCAUAUCCUAUAUCCUAUGAUGGUUUUUGAGAUUAAAUCUGUAUCUCUGGUAUGCUUGCUUUUUAAUCAGGUUAUUCAUACAUUCACGGUAUUUAUACAUACACAGUAGCUUUACUGUUUUCCAGUAAUGUUGGGGUGAAGACAAGAGUAAGCUGUAUUAAUCAAAUUGCUAUUUUCAGGACUAGAUGCUAUAGUUGAAGUAAACAAUCAAUAAAAUCACUAUUUAAUUGUAAAUUUCUAGUGAAAACAAACAAGUACAGCUUAAAAAUCAUGCUAUUGGAAACAGAGCACUAUUGGAAAUAGUGUGGAAUAUGUGGUGUUGUGGCCGAAAAUCUUAAUGUCUGUUAAAUUAGUCACAUUCUGGAUCAAUGAUAAAUUGAAGCACAUAAUAAAUGCUAAACAAGGGCCAGUGGCCUAUAUGAAUAGUGCAGCAAUUCCUAGAAAUGCCAGGUUAUUGCAUUCUUCUGUUGAUCUCAGCAUAAUUUUAUGAAAAAUGUGAAUUGGUGGUAUUCCAAAAUGGGCAGCAGCAAUGCCUUUAGUAUUUUUGGUGGUUAUAAUUCUUUAAAAUCUACAUUCAACCCUGAAAUGAGUUCAGUGGAUUGGAGUAUGGUACUAACAAUGCCGAGGUUGUGGGUUCCAUUCCUAAAUAGACCAUUCCCUUGAAAGUUAGACAUGGUGAUCCUUAUGGGUCCUUUCAACUCAGAGGAUUCUGUGACUGUGUAAUAGUUGCUGUAAGGGAUUCUGCUACCAUUAAAUCUAGAAGAGUAGUUCUUGUCCAGAGCUUUACAGAAGUGCACAACCCUUCCUCCUCCCACUCACCCCAAAAAGUGCAAAGAUCUUUACAUGUCCCUCUAAAUGGUUAUUCAAAAGGUGCACUGAAGAUUACAUCUUCUCUUAAUUGUAGGGAUCAUUUGUUCCUUGUUGCUGAUAUAUUAGGAUUUUUAGCAGUUUCAUAAAAUUGAUUGCAUAGAAAAACGCAUAUAUUUGUGCUUUAAUCCACUUUGGAAAUGCAUAUAAAACUGACUCCUCUAUUUUUUUACCCAUAAAUGUAUCCAUGAAUUGAGCAUUAAACUGCAGUUAACAUUUCUGAACUCUGCUUUAGAAACAGCGCAGUGUUUCAUUUUCAUCAGAAAAUUAUGCAAAAGGAUCAAGGCCAGGACUGAUCCUUCUGAGGAUAGGUUCUGAACCCUAGAUUUUAUAGCUGGAGUUUUUUUGGUCCAGGUCCUUCAUUUGUGCUUUCAUGCAACAAGGUGAGGGCUUUGAAUAGCACUGAAUGUAGAGCUGCUUUGUCUUGUGUGUGAUUAUUGCAAGUCUGUUGAUGGAGAAUACUUUUCUCAUCUCCAAAAUAUUCAGAUAUUUUAAGGGAGUUAGCUAUCAGAAACAGGAAAAAUUCACACUUGCAGUUAUCAGCAUAGAGGAGAGAUACACUUCUAAGUGUAUUUCUCUUCUAAGGAGAGAUACACUUCCACUUAUAAUUUGUGCUGUUGGUUUUGGUUUUUUUAAUAGUAGCAGUACUUAAAAAAAAAAAAAAAAGAAAAAAAAGAAUGUGCAGUCCAGUUUCCUUAGCUGUAAUAACCAGGGAGACAAAACGCCUUUCUUACUGGAGAACUGCGAGCUCAGACUUCUGGAAAAAGAAGAGUGAUGGCUGUGCCAUUCUGCAUACUGAAGUAGUAGAAACAGGAUUGUGUAAUGGCUCAGGAAACUGCCGUGCCCAAACUGAACUUUGAGUAUUGGUUGGACAAAGCUAUUGAAUGGGGUCAAGCCACUACUUUGGAAUCCCAGAAAGAUGUGUGCCUACACUUGCCGCAGCUCCAGGAAUUUCUUCAUCAGCUUUAUGAAACAAUAAAACAUUUGCAGGGUCCCACUGUAGCAAUCCAGCAGUUCCCUUUAAUUGGACAACUUCUAGGAAGGCUUUGUUGGAAUCCUUUUGUUAUAGGAUAUGAUGAAAGCCAGAAAACUCUGAUGUGGUGCUUAUGUUGUCUGUUCAGCAGUGAACCACAGAAUGCUGUGGAACUGAAGGCCAACAGCUGGAUACGGAGUUUGCUGUGCCAUCUCCUUUCUUCUUCUAAGUGGGAAAGUAAUGAAGCAGAAACCAGUACAUUCAUAUCAGCUCUGGGCUACACGUCAGCAGAUUAUUAUUGUCACUUGGUUAAAAAUAUGGUCGUUUCAUUAGUAACAGAACUCAGAGAAAACCAGUUCAAUGGACUUAACGUACAGGAGAGCAUUUCAGCCAGUCGUGUGAAUGCUAUUUCCAUUUUCUGUGUGCCUCUCAUUACUUUGCCUGAUUUAACUCCAUUACUGGAAACUCUCCUUCUUUACCAUGGAGGAUCAUCAAAAGAAAUUCUCAGUUCAGAGUUUCUAGAGGCUGUGAAUGAGGCCUUUUUAAAGAAGAAGAUCACCCUUCCUGAAUCAGCUGUCUUCAGCCUUUGGCUUCGUCACUUACCAAGCCUUGAAAAAGCUACCUUACAUCUUUUAGACCAGUUGUUUUCCAUUCAGUUGAAUUUGCUGGAAGAAGUGGCUCGUGUCAUAAAAGACUCAUUGCUGCCACAAGCAGCAAGCCAUCCUGCUAUUUUCAGAAUUGUAAAUGAAAUUUUCAAGAAUGCACUGAUGGAAACUGAUGGAACUUCAGAAGUUAUCACAAUAAUACAGGUGUUUACACAGCUCUUCCUUCAGGCUUAUCAGGAUGAAAAUAAACAGCAUAAAUUUCCACUGAGGGUCUACUUUCCAUGCCAUCACCAGCCUCUUGUUAGAAGUUUAGUCAGACGUCCUUUUGAACUCCCAUCUACAUAUUGGUCUCAACACGUGAAACACAUUUCAGAUAUGCUCAAAGCAAUAGCAGAAGAUACAAACGAUAGUUCUCUCACUGACCUCUUUGAAAUCUGGUUUUUGGUUGCUUGUUUUGGAGAAUGGCUGGAUAUUGCAGCAGAACAAUUACUGAAGGCUGCUGUAGAACCAGAUGCUGUGCUGUGGCUGCUGGCAUUUUACUACUGUCCUAAGAAUGAAAAUCAACAAAGGACUCAAACAAUGGUGGAAGCUCAAGCAGUCUACAAUCACCUAAUGAUGUUGUUCAGUUGCACAGACCUUUCUCUCAAAGACCUGGAGGCUGCUGUACACAGGGUCAUGGGUAUAGAGCACUGUUGUAACCAGCGACUCACAACACAUCUUCUGACCAGCUUCUUGCUCUUUUCACCUGGUGGACAUAAGAUUGCCCAGGAAUGUAUUUACCAUAUUACUGAGAUAACUGAUACAAGCAAAGAAGUUUAUAACCUUCUUAUCCGUACUGCUUACAGAUUUAAUGAUAGUGGAGAAGAAAACCAAAGGACUGUGAAGCUUAUGAAUGAACUUCUUCAAAAACUUACAUUGAAAGUUUAGGAUUUUAAUGUGAUCUAUUUAUCAAACCAUCAAAUCAGGUCUUUGUCCAGGUGUCAGACUUCCAUUAGCAUCUAGCACUGCAGGUUACCAAGGGCAGAAACAUACCUGUAUAAGCUAUAGCUGCUAAUUUAUAUUCCCUCAUCUAUAUUGAAAAAUAAUCUGUUGUUUGGAAUUGUUAAUCUUUUGAAGCACAGUAGUAAAUAUUAAAGAUGCUUGAAAAUGCUUGUUCUGAGUACCUUCUGUAACAAGAGACCAACAUCAUUUAAAAUAGUUUGCUCAUCUCCCUGUUGUUUAUCUGGCUGAGGAUCAGUUUUUCUCCCAAAUUACUCAUGUGGGGUUUUUUGAGUAAGUAAUAUCCAAUUACUUGAUUGGUGAGUUUUACUAAAAUGUUUUGUUCUGUGCUUCUGCUUUUAUGAAACUAGCGAUGAUCUCAAGUGAUUCAUAGUGUUCUCAGGAAAUCAGUGAGUGAUAUUUCCUGAACUCUUUCCUUAUUUUUGAAAACGUUUCCAAAAUGAAACUCUUCACAGAUUUGCUAAAUGCGGGGGUUUUUAAAUACUGCAGCUUUCACAGGACAGUGUUCUCCUCUAAGUACUAGACCAAUAGCUGGUCUUUGCCAAAAGAUACUGCGGGCAUAAAGUUGCUUGCAGUACAGCCCACUUAACAGCGUGCCAUGACUGAUGCUAUUAUUUAUUCAUUUAAGAAAUAUGGGGCUUUUAUUCAGACAAAAGAGGGCAAGCAAAACAGAGACAUAGGGACAUCUUCCAGUUCAAAGGGACAGAUUUCCUAUAAAGGUUGCAACUCAUUGCCUCUAUUUUUGUGCCCAGCAGUAAUUUACUUACUUCUUUCUUUAGGUUUUUUGUGUCCUGCAAGGAACAUAGACAGGUAGCAAUGGUUUUUUGUUUUUUUUUUCCCUUAGGAAGGUAUUUUUCUCUAGAAGUUUUGUGAAGCUGUCUUUAGCUUAACUAGAAAAAUAAGCGUGGACAAUAGUAGUGACAGAGCAUCCUAACUUUCUUCAGUAGUUUGUUCCCCUGUAUUACUUAUCUAUAAUGCCAGUGCCUGUGCUAUGCUACUCAAAGAUGCUACUUGGAAUUCUAUUCUUGCAUAUAAAAUCCAAGACAUGUAUCUUGAAUUAAUAAAGCUUUUUGAAUGUAGCAUUUGUUUUUGAGUAAGGGGAAAGAAAAACAGUGUACUUAGUGUCCUUUGGCUGUAAGAGGUGGAAAGAUAUUUUCUGUUAUGCUAUUAACUGAUUUCUUACAGUUUUGUUCCCAGUGAGUCAUAUUACGGAAGUUACAUGUCCUCUCAGUCAGUUUGCUAGUAAAAAAUAGCAAACACAUACUGUGUUUGUAUGUCUGCAAAGAAAAGGGUUUUUUCUCUUUUUUUGAUUAAAAAUAUUUUAAAUGAAAAUUCAGAAAGAAAUAAGUAUCAAUUUUUUCUGUUGUUAAAUAGCCACACAUAUCUAAAAAAGUUAAAUCAAGCAACCCAGUUUUCUGUUCCCUGAAUACCAAAACUGAAAAGCAUUGGAUUAAACUAAAUUAUUUUUUGGUCACAAGGUAUUCAGAGGUAUUCAUCUAGUGGAAACAAAUGUGGAAUGCUCUAUUUAGAAUAAGAAAUAAUGUAAAAUUUUAAUCAAAAGGAAAAAUUAUUGAAUUGUUUUUCUUUGGGGUUUCUUUUGGGGUUUUCUUUGUUUGUUUGUUUUGGGAUGGGUUUUUUGUUUUUUGGGGGGGUUUUUUGGUGUUUUUUUUGUUGUUUUGUUUAAUGUCUAAUCUGGUUGUUGGAUGUGAGGCUCUUUGGCUGUGUUUUCUCCAUAGUGUGCCUGUAUGUCAUUUGAACUAUGUAGAAGAAAGAUAGCAAAGCACUGCAAUAUCUAAUUCUUGCAGAUUAAUUAGGUGAAUGAUGUGGGUAUAAUAUUUAAAUGUGUAUGGCAGUUUUUGGACAGGUAUGUUUAAGUAUCUUUUCUUUAUCAGUGUUUUUAUUUUUCCAUUGAUAAAAUGCAUGAAAAUUCUUCUAACUUCAUUUAACAAAAUCAUUAUGCUGAUAAAUAAGGAUAAAUAGAAUCAAGCAGGAAGGAAAUGUGCAAUGAAAGCAGUAAAAACCCAGAAUUAGCAGUGAAUUGA